CAGCUCUCUAGGAUUUGAGACAGGAACAAGCAGGUCGAUAUGGACACAUGGACCCUUGUUGUUUUGGAGAGCAGCACAACAGCUGCACUAAACCCCUCCGCCAUGAUGCUGCGCUGCCUCCCGUAGGCGCACAGCCACACGAGCGAAUGAAUUAACGCCGAAUGAGACACACAGCUGACUCUAGGAGUUGUUAUGCUAUUGAAGGGGUCUAGGAAUGCCCAAAGAGAAAUAUGACCCGCCUGAUUCCAGGCGAAUGUACACGAUCAUGUCCAGUGAGGAGGCAAACAGUGGGAAAAAAUCCAACUGGGACGGCCUUGAAAUAACUGGUAAUGUUCGGAGUCUCAGCUCGAGCCUUUGGUCGCUCACUCACCUCACUGCUCUGCACCUCAGUGACAACUCCCUGUCACGCAUCCCACCUGAAAUUACCAAGCUGCACAACCUUGUGUUCUUGGACCUGUCAUCCAAUAAGAUCAGGAGCCUGCCAGCAGAGCUUGGCAACAUGGUGUCUCUCAGGGAACUACUUUUAAAUAACAACCAGUUGCGGGUUCUGCCGUUCGAAUUGGGGAAACUGUUUCAGUUACAAACACUGGGGUUGAAAGGCAAUCCACUCACUCAAGAAAUUAUGACUCUCUACCAGGAGCCAGAUGGUACCCGGCAACUGCUGAACUACCUUUUGGACAAUCUUGCUGGUGCUAUCAAGCGCAAGCCCCCUCCGUCCAGGUCCUGGAUUGUGCUGCAGGAGCCUGAAAGGACAAGACCAACCACUCUGUUAACUGUGAUGUGCUAUAAUGUGCUGUGUGAUAAGUAUGCCACACGCCAGCUCUACGGCUACUGCCCUACCUGGGCCCUUAACUGGAGCUACAGGAAAAAGUCCAUUAUGCAGGAGAUCCUCAGUUGCAAUGCAGAUAUUAUCAGCUUACAGGAAGUGGAGACAGAGCAGUAUUACAACUACUUCCUUUUGGAGCUGACUAAACGGGGAUAUGAUGGAUUCUUCAGCCCAAAAUCCCGGGCCAGAACCAUGUCUGAAUCGGACAGGAAACAUGUAGAUGGAUGUGCAAUAUUCUACAAGAUUGAAAAGUUCAGCAUGGUGCAGAAACACACAGUAGAGUUUAACCAGCUGGCUAUGGCCAAUUCAGAGGGCUCAGAGGCUAUGCUGAAUCGUGUCAUGACCAAAGACAACAUUGGAGUGGCUGUGUUGCUGGAGCUAAAGGAGGAGUUAAUAGAGUCGUCAUCAGGGAAAUCUACCCAUGCUAUGGAGAAACAGCUCCUUCUAGUGGCAAAUGCUCACAUGCAUUGGGACCCAGAAUAUUCUGAUGUGAAGCUGGUGCAGACCAUGAUGUUCCUGUCAGAGGUGAAGAAUAUCAUAGACAAAGCCUCCUGUAGUCUGAAGCUCUCCUCCGUAUCUGGAGAAACCAGCAGCAUCCCUUUGGUGCUUUGUGCCGACCUCAACUCACUUCCUGACUCAGGUGUUGUGGAGUACCUGAGCACAGGUGGGGUGGACUGCACACACAAAGACUUCAAGGAGCUGCGCUACAGUGACAGUCUGACCAACUUCAACUGCAACGGCAAAAACGGCACAUCUAACGGGAGGAUCACACAUGGUUUCAAGCUGAAGAGUGCCUAUGAGAACGUGCUUAUGCCUUACACCAAUUACACUUUUGACUUCAAGGGUGUCAUUGACUACAUCUUCUACUCCAGACCACAACUGAACGUGCUGGGUGUCCUCAGGCCUUUGGACACAAACUGGCUCCUGGAGAACAAUAUCAGUGGUUGCCCACACCCUCACAUCCCCUCAGAUCACUUCUCCCUGUUUGCACAACUGGAGUGGGUCCUGCCUUAUACUCCCCUUCUCAAUGGAGUCCACUUAGCUGGGCACAGGUAGUGAGCCCGUCUGGCCACAGGUGGCGCUGCAGAGUUACAGUUCUUAUACGUUUUCUGAAAAAAAACAAAAAAAAACAAUGAAACC